CGAAACCGCGUUGGCUGGUACUUGGGACUCGUUUUCCGUUUCCUGCACGAUCCUAGCGCGCGCAUUCGUUGCCGAAAUGCAAUGCAUUUACCUGCGCAUAUGACCUCGGCGUGCUUGUUUUGCACAAGACAGACCCCGUUUUAAUAUUCCAUAGACGUAAGGUGUUCGCGUUUUCAAAUUCUGACCAACUUUCUAAAAAUAGACCGCCUUGACGUCAUGCAGCCCAUCACGGAUUAGUCUCGCGGGAGGGGCUUGCGCGGCCAUUUCGCUAACAAACACACCGCAGAGGAUCACCAAAGGAUUGUGAAUGAAACCGAUUCUGGAUUGAGAAGGCAAAAGACCGCGCCCGUUUACAAAGACGGAAAGCGGACAGAGAAACCCGUGUUAAUGAAAUGAAAAUAGAUUACGUUAUUUGUCAAUUUGCGGGGGUGGGAUAAAAUCCUACAGACAGAUAUCAGUUGGCCAAUCAUCGCUCACCCUGCAUUGGAUUGCUGAGCUCUUAUCCAAUCAGCGGCGCACUGCGCUAGCGCGUCACAAGCAUAACGGCCAAUGGGCAUCGCGUAGGUCUCGCUGAAGCAGGAGUUCCCUGUAGCUGUGGAUAGGGGAUUAAUGGAAGGGGUCUGACUGUCGAAUUAUGCGAACUACAUAGUGCACACGACCGAAUUGCUUUAUCAACAUAAACGAGCAAACGACCAGGCUACCGAAAAGGUACGGCCAAGUCGGCGUGCAGCGACAGGAAUCGCGCACGGAGGCUGAAAACAAGGGCUUGUGGCGCUCGAGAGGAAAGUCGAGGGCCUCGCUGAGGGUUAGCAGAGCGAGGAAGAGGAACGAGAGAAGAAGACGGGCUCUUAGUGCUAUUUCAACGGACCCGAGCCGACCCAGGAGAGCCGAGAGACAUUACCGAACCCGAAGCACUGCAACCAGACAGCUACUGUUAGCUAGCUAGCGCUCGCUCGCUAGCUAGCUAACCAACUAACCAGCUACGAUCAACCUCCAGACUGUAUGUUAUCUGACAGCAUACUGUGAUCCAUCGAGUUAUGACCAGACAUAGCUAGUGCAACGGACGCAGAAAUCGUAUGAGCAGAAAAGGGGACGGAGUCUGAAGACAGUUGGCGUAAAGAAAAAGUCGAUUUCGAUCUGUUAUACCUGGCCUGCAAUCAUGGGCAACGCGCCCACCGCCAAGAACAAGGGCAAUGAGAUGGAGAGCGUUAAGGAGUUUCUUGCUAAAGCCAAAGAAGAUUUCCUAAAGAAAUGGGAGAACCCAGCACAGAACACUGCAUCUCUGGACCAUUUUGAGAGGUUGAAGACUCUAGGCACUGGCUCAUUUGGACGAGUCAUGCUAGUCAAGCACAAAGAAUCAGGCCAGCAUUUUGCCAUGAAGAUCCUCGAUAAACAGAAGGUGGUGAAACUGAAACAGAUCGAACACACGCUGAAUGAGAAACGCAUCCUGCAGGCUGUCAGUUUCCCGUUCCUUGUGCGAUUGGAGCACUCGUUCAAGGAUAAUACUAACCUGUAUAUGGUAAUGGAGUAUGUUCCUGGAGGAGAGAUGUUCUCUCACUUACGUAGAAUCGGCCGGUUCAGUGAGCCUCAUGCCCGAUUCUACGCCGCCCAGAUAGUUCUGACCUUUGAAUACCUUCACUCACUUGAUCUUAUCUACCGAGAUCUGAAGCCUGAAAACCUGCUCAUAGACCAGCAGGGCUACAUACAGGUAACAGAUUUUGGAUUUGCUAAACGUGUAAAGGGCAGGACCUGGACACUGUGUGGCACACCUGAGUACCUGGCGCCAGAAAUCAUCCUCAGUAAAGGUUAUAAUAAAGCAGUGGACUGGUGGGCUCUGGGUGUGCUGAUCUAUGAAAUGGCUGCCGGUUACCCUCCGUUUUUUGCCGACCAGCCCAUCCAGAUCUACGAGAAGAUUGUUUCUGGGAAGGUUCGCUUCCCCUCACACUUUAGCUCUGACCUGAAGGACCUGCUGAGAAACCUGCUGCAGGUAGAUCUGACGAAGCGCUUCGGUAACCUCAAGAACGGCGUCAACGACAUCAAAGGCCACAAAUGGUUUGCAACCACCGACUGGAUCGCAAUCUACCAGAAGAAGGUGGAAGCCCCCUUCAUACCUAAGUGCAAAGGCCCCGGGGACACCAGCAACUUUGACGACUACGAGGAAGAAGAAAUCCGGGUCUCUUUCACAGAGAAAUGUGGAAAGGAGUUUGCUGAAUUCUAGAAGCAGCAGCGGAGGAGAGGGAUGGAGAGAAAUUAGAUGUGGGGCAACACAGAGAAGAAUCGUUUUCCAGGGUGGUGGUGAUGAUGGACUGGACUGAGCCUUAUCCGGUAACAACAACGUAGAGCCCUCACACGGAUGGAGGGAGAAGAACGAAGUCCUGAGAGAGACGCCAGCAGUGUUGCCUUUUCAGAUCCUUCGUCACUUGUUACUUGUCCAUUUUCAUGUUUUCCCUCUUGUUUGGUAGCCAGGGUCCAUUGGGCAGAGAUUCGGUCACUUCUCUGUGGCUGGCUGGUAUGCGGAUAUUUGUGACUACUUCUUUUGCUUUUCCAGAGAUAUAGAGGUUACUUUCUGGUACUGAAUUUUGGCUUCUCCAGAGAAAAUUAUCCCCAACCCAUUUUUUUGGUGUCCUUGCUCUGUAGUACUCCACCCUGUCACAUCAUGUUUACUUCCUGUGCACCUAUUGGCACCCAAUACCAAAUCAAUCCAACUUACACCGUUCAAGAGAUCUGGCUUUUUGUUUGACACGUCACCCAUUUCUCAUUUGGAUUUCAAGCAUCACACAACCGUCCUUCAAAUUUGUCAUUGCAUAUUAAUUUCCUACAGUGCUCUAGGAUCAGGCAGAAUCAGCCGCUUGGUAUAAAUAUUGUUGAUUUGGAUCAUCAUUCGUCAUUCUCUAGAUUAUUUAGAGUAUUUUAAGCCAGUGUUGAAAGUGGCCACUGAUAAGACCGUAAAACUUCUUAAUAUUUCAGAUCUGUAGCAUGUAAGCAUACUUGAAGCUCCGAAUCCAUUAUUUUACAGGUUUUCUCAGAUGGCUUUGAUUCCAAGAUAAAUGUCCAGAGAUAAACCAACACAAAACAUAAAAGUGAAGGAAUACAGUGAAUAGAAAGUGAGCAUAAAGGCUUGAAAUGCAGCUGGUUGUUUUUAAAAAAAGAUGCUUUUAAAGGAAAACGUUAAAGGAGAGCACUGUUUCUGUGGUUACACUGGGUUCCUGGUGGAUGAUGUUGUUGGGUAUUUUUUAUUAUUCUUUUCUACCGUGUCUCCUGCUAGUGAUGGUUUAACUCUCUUAGGCUUCACUAAUCGAUCUCCAUUUCUGCUUUUAAAUAAGCUUGUUGUUCAUGUAGACUUUAUUGUGUGUUGUUAAGAUAUUGACCAGUUAGUGAAGCUCGGCCUGUUGAAAUAUCGUCCAGUGAACUGAUCAAAAUUUGUUCGCUUAUCUUGCUCUAUAACUUUGUAGGAUGCAAGACAAUCUAAAAGCAAACGUCCCCAUGUUUUUUGUUGUUGUUGUUUUUUAGUUUCCAGAAGUGUGCAGUAAUGCGUAGUGUGUUGCAAAGAUUUUAUUUUGUUAUACUUCUAAAGUUGCACAUUUGGUGAAUGUUUUAUUCGAUUUUAAAGGUCAAGUGUAACUUCUGUGCAAAUAGUGGCACCAAAUUGAACCGCAGUCUGUUUGAGUAACAGAAAGGACAUAAUAUAUUAGAAUUGAUAAAAGUCAUUAUUUUGGGGAUUUUGCUGCUGUUAGUGGCACAGAAUUGACACGGUUCUCCUUUAAAACUGAGAUGCACACCAUCGCUUAAAGCUCAGUCCUUCAGCUGUUCGUUAGGUGCCGAUUUCAAAAUCAUGCAAAAUCGAUUUAUGGUUUGUUUGUUUUGGUUUGUUAUUUCCGCUUGUUAUGAUGAGUAAUGUAACUUAAUUUUGCAAACUACAGAUUGGUGCCAGGAUAAAAUUGGUAUUUCAAGCAACUCUUUUAAUAUCGGAAGUAUCUAUUGGACACUGAAGGGCUGUGAUGCCAUUUAAAUUGCAGUAUGAGAUCAAAUUACUGUUCAUUUUCCUCUCAGGAAAUGUUAUGUCACUGUAGCCUGCCAGAUUCACAGCCAAAACAGACCAAAUUGGGUCCGUUUUUGAUCAUUGGGGUGCUGAUGUAGCUUUAGAAACAUAAACGAGCAAAGGGCAGGAGUUUAUAUUUCACAAAACAUGGUAGGUUUAGAUUUUCUCUCCCUCACACUUCUUCCUGCAUGCCUAGCGAUUGCUGGGACAUUUGCUCGCCCCAUUUCUGGAGACUUUGUCAUAAAAUGGGUGUAAAAACAGGAGAAACGGCUCCAUGGCUUGGUUUGAAUAGCUGGAAAACAAAACAAUCAGUGUUUAAAGAAUGCGUCUGUACGUUUUGAUUACUGCGCUGGUCUUGUGACGCUAGAAGCAACGGAAGACUAUCCUCAACUGGUGCACUGAGUUAUAAUGUACAGGUUGGCUUUCGCAUGAGUUUUUUUCCCCCUCAUCUUUGAGCUUGAACGUGGAAGGGACUAUGGAAGGGUUCUGUUAAAAGCAACAGUGACUUUUGGGAAAUUAUGGCUCAAAUGCAUCUUUCAUUACACCUUUUUUUUUUUUGUCAGAGCAUGGAAAUAUGUGACAUUUUUGGCGGUAUUCAUAUGUCGUCCCUCUAUCUCUGGGUCCCGUCCCUUCCUUUCAAAUACAUGGGUGUCACACAUCCUUCAGUCUCCCACUCAUCUGUUCAUUCACAUUGUCCGUCAUCUUUUUUUUUGUGCGCGCGUGCAUCAGUCCAUGAUACAGUUUGCCUUUGAACACAUCCAGUUUCCGACACUCUUGUAUUUGCUUUUUAAAAAAAAAAAUCAUGAAGAAAACAUUUGAUUUACUUUUGCAUAUUUUCUAAGUGUAUUUUCAAUAACAGGAGUCUCUUUCCUCCCGACAUGGGUAUGGUGAUGGUGUAGUCUAUUGUACCUUCUCGGGAAACAAUACUGUAUAUUCUCUGCCUUUAACAGUCUUAAUUAUUUUACCUUCUGGAGAAGUUGACGGAUACCCGUAGGACGCAUCGAGUAUGUU